AUGUCGUUGAGUACGGCCGUCCUUGAUGAAAGGUACUACCUUUACAGCACAACCCCAUACAACCCCUACAUAGGAGGUAACGAAGCAACGGCGCCCGGCAGAAAAUCAAGCAAGGAGCGAAUUACGUUUUUAGCUUGCACAAAUGGUGAUGGUACCCAAAAACUUCAACUUCUUAUCAUCGGAAAAGCAAAGAAUCCAAGAGCAUUCAAAAACAAAGCUUUGCCUGUCGAAUAUGUCUCUAGUGGUAACGCAUGGAUGACGUCUGCAAUUUUUAAGGAUUGGUUUCGUAAUUCAUUCUGCAAACAAGUAAAAUCAUUUUUGAAAAGCCAUCGACUUCCUGAAAAAGCCUUACUGUUAAUUGAUAACGCGCCCAGUCACUGCUCUGAGAAGGAAUUAAUUAGUGAAGAUGGGAAAAUUUUCACUUUGUUUCUACCCCCAAACUGCACAGCUUUGAUUCAACCAAUGGAUCAAAGUUCGAUCAGAUUAACAAAGCUAAACUACCGAAAAGGUCUUUUAGCCCAUAUCCUUUUGCAAUUUGAAGACGGGGAUGAUAUUGGUAAAUGCAUUAAGCAAAUUAAUCUUAUGGAUGCAGUUUGUUUACUCCAUAAUUCAUGGCAAAAAUUUACAACGACCACUUUAGAAAAGUGUUGGCAUAAACUUUUAUCAGGCAAUUUAGCAGAUUAUGACCCCGAUGAUAUCAUUCCCCUACGCCAGUUGCAAAAGAAAUUGCAGCAAGCAAAACAUGGCUACCAAGACAUUUUAAACAUGUUGACGCAAAUUGAUGGAGAAAUUCAUACAAAUGCUGAAAUGAAUCAAUGGGUUGAAAACUCUGAGAAUAUCAUAGAGGAUGGUGAUCUCGAACAUGAAGUUAUAGAUGACGCCGACGAGACCAGCGAUGAAGCUAUAUCCAGUCAAAAAAAGGCAAGCACGUUGAUGCAUUAA